CUUAAGCAACACGUGAACGCAAGUUGGCCAUUAAAUAACAAACUUUAACCGUGCAAAUACUUUAUCUUAUUGUUGAAGUAGCGGUUUUUUAAAAGUUUUAUGAAGAAAGUUUUGUUCCUUCAUACCAAAGAACUUUUGUAAGUUAAGGUCGUAGACAUGAAACAGACUCUUCUUACAACCCCGGUUCGACCCAACCGACCGCUGAGGAAACCUUCGUCCAGUCCGGGCUUGCCUUCAUCAACUCCGCCAAGAUUCCCCAGCAUGACCUCCGCUCCGCCCGUACGCUCCGCUGGAAAUGGUCCCGCCAGUUUUCCAGCAGGCACAGUCACCAGUUCAACAUUGCCAGGAUUGGUUCCUCCAGCCCUUACUGUGUACUUCUGCAACUUCUGUGGUCAGCAAGGGAAUUUCCGCUGUAAGCGCUGCAAGAAAAUGCCUUAUUGCUCUGCAGUGUGUCAGACGGAGGACUGGAAGGAACACAGACACAUCUGCAAACCUGUUGACCCAGAGCCGGCAAGAGAGCAACCCAAGGAAAACGUAGCUUUACCAGGGACUGGCCCCAGGGAAAACAUCGCAGAAUCGAAGGCUAGUGAAUCAUCCAGCUAUAAGAAGGUCUACUUAAAAGAUUUACAUGCUUCUAAAGUCACCAGUGGGAUGGACAUUCAGGCCACUGUUGUUGAGUUCUGCAGCCCUGACAGGUUUUACAUCCUUCCUCAAGACCCAGAGGUCCUGGAAGCUCUACAAAUAAUAAGCACAGAGCUUCAGAAAACCUGCAGCAUCUCCUCAGGAACAGCUUACGGUCCCUGUGAUGGAGAAGUCUGCACAGUUCAGUUUUCUGUUGACAAGAAUUGGUACAGAGGCUUGGUCCAGACUGUAGCUGCUGACAAGAAGACAGCUAGUAUCCUUUACAUUGACUUUGGCAAUGAAGAGAAUGUCCCAAUUGAAAGGAUCCAACCCCUCCCUGCUAAUAUUCAACAUUUCUGCCCAUGUGCAAUGGAGUGCAGGAUUGCAGGUGUGGUGCCGGUGGUUAACAAAUGGUCAGACGAAUGCUGCAUUACCGUCAGACAGAUGCUGACUGGUAAGGCUGUCACUGUGAAGCUGUUGGAAGCGACGGAGAAAGAAGGUGUCCACGCUGUGGAUAUCGUGCUGUCAAUGAGAAUGAUGCUGAGCUCAUUCCUAAUCAAGAACGGAUUUGGACAAAGAGAAACCACCAGUGUGCCACCAACUGAGCAAGACAUAAUUGCUAUGUUGAGCGCAUCAUUUGAAAAUUACAAGCGCCUCUCUGACGGGAAGGAUGACAAUGAAUGGGCUCAACCACCGGAGCCGCUCACACAGGCAGUAGGAGACCAGUUCUUGGUUGUGCUCACACACUUCGUGUCACCCAGUGAUCUUGUAGUGCAGAAGGUGGAGAACGCAGAACUUAUCAGGGAUUUGCAGCUGAAGCUGAGAGAUCACUGCGCUCAGAUUUCUACCCCGCAGAACUUCAGACCUGCUCCUGGAACGGUUUGUUGUGCCCAGUUCUCAGAGGACAAGCAGUGGUACAGGGCGAAAGUUCUGGCUUAUCCAUCAGAGGAACGAGUGUGUGUCGCCUACCUCGAUUUUGGCAAUUCUGAGGAGGUCGAUUUAAGCCAGUUGCUCCCGAUUACCCCUGCACUCCUGACCAUCCCAAUGCAGGCUAUCCUAUGUGCUCUAGCAGGAGUGCAUCCUGUUGGGGAGAACUGGUCGAGGGAUUGCAUUUUGUCGCUGCAGUGUCAGCUGUCAAACAGAUUACUUCGACUGAAGAUCCAUGGAGUGCAGGAGGGAAAGACGCUGGUUUCCAUGGUAGAUGAGGCCAGUGAUCCUCAGGUUGAUUUCGCUGAGCUCCUGAUUACUGCAUGCUACGCCACACCUGCUUCCGACUCUGCCUCUGCUAACCUGCCGGCUGAGGAGACGACUGCACCUGCAGAGACAAGUGUGCCUCCUGCCGUGCCUGAACCUCUGGUUUGGACUUCUGCUGAGCUUCCCUCCGAUGGCCAGACGGUGACACUGUUCACCAGCAUUGUGGAGAGUCCCGGAAGGUUCUACUGCCGCCUCGCUGAUCCAGAAGGGUUGAAGAAGUUCAUGGAGCUGGAGGCUCAGUUAAAGCAGCACUGUGAGGGGGAAGCUUCUCCCUACUUUCCCAAAGUGGGAGAACCGUGCUGUGCUCCAUUUUCUGGCAGUGGAUCUUGGUGCCGAGCUUUGGUGAACGGACGGUCCGAUGACGACGUUGGUGUAUAUUUAGUGGAUUACGGUCACAACAUGACUGCUAAAAGCAGCCACCUUCGAUCCAUCACACCUAAACUCCUUACACUCCCUUUCCAGGCUGUUUGCUGCUGGCUUGCAGGUGUGGAUCCUAUUGGGUCAGAGUGGAGCAGCGAAGCCCUGCUCUGGUUCCAGAACCUGCUGGAUGGGGAGCAGCUAAGCGCCCGGGUCCUCUCCGUCACGGAGCAGGGCUAUGGCCUGGAGGUCAUUAGCAGAGGUCAGAACAUCGCAGCGGCUCUCAUUGCUGAGCAGAUGGCCAAAGCGAUCGGAGUACCUGUCGGAGCGAAGCAUGAACAGGUAGAAUCCACGACGACAAAAGAAAAUGGUGGGAAUGAACAAGAGGACAGCGUUGAAGUGGCAGGUGGAAUUCAAACAGCUGUGGCAUCAGAAAUUGCAGGUUUCCCAGUUGACUGGAAGACAGUGGAGCUGCCUCUGAAUGAGAGCUUUCAGCCGUACGUCGCAGGAGUCAUUAGUCCUUCUCUCUUCUACGUCCUCGGCCCUACGCAAAUCGACCAGAACAAGCUCCAGGAGGUGAUGAAGGAAGUGGCCGCCUACUGCAGCAUCUACCAGGGCACUUUAUCCACAGGGAUGAAGAGCAGACCGUCUGCCGGGGCUGCAUGUUGCGCUCAGUUUUCUGGUGAUAAAAACUGGUACCGUGCUGUGAUCUUGGAAGUUGGUGAGAAUGAGCUGAGCGUCAUCUACGCCGACUAUGGGAACACUGAGAAGGUCCCAUCCUCCCAGAUCCUGCCCAUCCCUGCCCACCUGCUGCAGCUCCCUUUCCAGAUAAUUCGCUGCACCCUCGCUGGUGGAGAAAACUUUCCAGAACAGUGGCCAGAAGAAGUGCUGCAGGCGUGUCGAGCUGAGCUGGUGAAUGCCGUCCUAGCCAAAGUCCAGUCUUUUGACGGCUCUGCUAAUGCUCUGUCUCUCACUCUGCCUGCUGAGAGAGAUGGAGUUCAGCUGACCUCUCUGGUUCUGGAUAAGCUGAAUGCUUUCAACAAGACCAACCCAGACACCAACCAGAAGCUUGACGACGCUCCAGGUGUUCCUGACGGCCCCCAGUCCAAACUUGUCCCCGAGCCCCAGUUAGAGCUGGAACACAAACCAGCACCAGUUGAUACCACUGGGUCUACGAAGCCGGCUGAGCUGACAAUUGUUUCUGAAGCACCAGUCUGCGAUUCAGUGAAGAAGAUUAUUGACCAAAUGGAGCCGCCGUACCAAAAUCAUUUGAAUGGUUCUGAUCAUAAAGUCUAUGCUUGCUGCUGUCAGAGCCUCAAAAAACAGAUCAGCAAUCUGGAGCAGGUGAUGCAGCUGCAGCUUGCUCUCAUCAAGCAGUUGGUUGGACAGAUUAAAUAAGAUUAUACAUAA